GCUCCAUGACGUCGCCAUCACCCGGAGCCGGCUACGAGGGCGCUCGGAGGACUUACUUUUUGCUGAGGAUCCCAUGCUUCUGCGCCGCUUGAGGCGUGGCUUAAGCUUCGUGGAGUCGGUGGGCACUGGGGGUGAUGCCACCCUCGUCCGGCGCGGACUGCCCAAGUUCUUCGAUUUCCAUGCUCAGGCAAUGUCCGACAAUCUUGAUGGCGAUUCUUUCUCGCAGAAGGUGUGUCGAUCUCUGGUGGGCUCUGUCAAGGAAGCCAUCUCCAGUGGCUCGAUCAUUGAGCUGAGCCGAUUGGACAAAGCAAAUGGUGAGAACGCACAGGUGUCCUACUUCACUGGAACCGGGCAAUGGGUGCUCUGCUCAAAAAAUGUAUCGCUGCUUGCGGCUAAUGCUGGCGAACUCGAGCUGCCACAAUGGUCAGACCGUCGCUACCGUUUUGCCCGGCAUGUGGCAGAGCUGUGGUUUGCGCAGCUGUCUGUUCUGCCGGAAGCAUCUCGCAAGCUUCUCGAAGAGAUGCUUGCUUCCCGGACUUUAGUGGGCGAGAUGAUUGGAGGCAGUGGCGCUCACUUGGUGGACUAUGGGGCCUUGCGCCGACUGCAGUGGUUUGCAAUCGUGCCAAACUAUGGAGACGAGCUUUGUUGGCCCCCCUCCAGCAGCAUCGCUUUCCUUCAGCAGACCGGAUUGCCCACUGUAACUUUGAAGAUCGUCGGGCCAGGGCCUUUCAAAUCUGUUGAAGAGACGCUUUCUGCCCUGCAAGAGACCUUCAUGGCCACCGAGAAGAGCAAACUGGAAGAUGUGGGAGAAGGCUAUGUGAUGUACUUAGCAUCGAAGUCUCGCAAAGAUGACACAGGACAGGUGGUCAACUUGGCAAAGAUGAAGUCGGCCGACUAUCGACUGUUGCGGCGCAUGCGUGAUAGAGCCAAGCUCUUCGCUCAACGAGCAGGAUCCAUGCUGGUGGACGAUGCUGUGGAGGAGUACAGGAAAGAAGCAACAUCUGCUGGGCUGAGUCCUGAGAUCAUCAACCAGCGAGCAGACUCCCUGGCAAGGCUCUGCCGAAUGAUCUUUACUGAGGACCUGCCGCCGGAAGUGGUGGACGAGCAAUUUUUGACGCUGCUCCAGCGUGCCGAGAGCUUUGAGGGAACGCGACCUGGUCCAAAGUACCUGGCUUCAGCUGGAAGCGUUUUCGUUUUUCAGGCCUGGGCAGGCAGAGGUGAGAAGGAAGGAUUGUCGACUGGUUCAGAGCUGGCACAGUCUCCAGAGGCCUUGCAGAAAGGAAACUUGAGCACCGCCUGGCACGACUCCACGGCUUCGCGGAAGCGUUCCUUCCUCAACGUCAACCCGCAGGAACUGGAGAAGCUCUUUCUCCCUGCGAGAUGCAUGGAGGAGGCGCCCCGCAAGCGCAGACGCUCUCAGGAUGUCAUGGAGGAGAAGCAGCAGCAAGCUACGACCCGCUUAGCAUCUUCGCUAAGAAAGCGGUGCCGUUUCCUUUUCUGGGGCUGGUCUGACGUGCAUAAGGACUGCCCAGGUCAGGAAUCUGACAUGGCACCUGCGUGCGCCACCCGCUUCGAGUCUCGCAUGCUGGAGCGGCUGAAGCCGCAUAGGCCACAGGUCCUGAGCAAACUUCGGUCCCAAGCCCAACGCCUUUGGACACUGCUGCCAGCGUCCCAGACGUGCUGGUUGCCUACACUGCCGCGAAUGACACAGGCACGAGCUCUGUCCACGAUGGUUGGCAGUUUUGGCACGCCUGCGAAGGAGAGCGCCAAGCUUGAACCUAACCCGAGCUCCACGAUGCCCUGGAGCGGGUCGACUGUCAUCGUCGUCAUCCCGUUGGGUUUGCCGGGGAUGGGAAAGAGUUCUCUGCUGGAGCGCCUUUUUCACAUGGGCCAGCAGGCUGCCGUGAAAGCAUACCGGCAAGGGAAGCUAGAGAAGCCUGGGGACCAUGGAGUAGAGCAGCCACCCAAGACUUUGCACUCUGUUGCAACCGUUUCCAGCGACGAGUUCACGGGCGACGAGCUGAAGAUGCUAGGCAUGGAUGCUACAGCAAGAUCCUCUCAAGACGUGGUGCGCUGCCGUCGGUUGGCCGCCGGCCAGUACCGGAGAGCUAUUGAGGAUUUCUUCGAGGAAGCGGCGGCUGCUGACCCUGAGAAGUUGCACUUGCUCCUCUUGGAUAAGAACCAUCCACCUUCCGCGUUGCGCCGCGAAGCGCAGGUCUUGCAAGAACUGAGCACGAAAGUUGGGUGCCGCCUUUGCCUCAAGGCUCUGGCGAUACAGCCAUCUGCAGAGCAGUCCUCGGCGGUUUCGAGUGAUUUGUUGGAAGAGGAAGAGAAGCACUUUGGGCCAUGGGCAUAUCCCUGGAGCCCGACCAUUCUAGCAGAGUGCGCAAGCCGCUUGCUGCUCCGAUCAUCGCACGAUACGCUUUCAGGGAAUGAAACGUCCUUGUUCGUUCUUCUCAGCUUUCUUCGGCUGCACCAUCGUCUUGCCAAGCUGAGUGACCUCGGAGACACCUCGAUUGAGGUGGUUGAGGCACCCUACAUCAGCACUGGGACUUUGGCCUCCUGGCAAGGGCAUUCCGAUGCUCACCCAUGGCAUCAACUCGAGCUCCGGGCUCUCUUUCACCAGGCCCUCCUGGUGAUGCAAAAGCCCUUUGCCAACGAGGAGCCUGUGCGCCCGCUCCUCUCUGCGAUUGCAAGGCUGCUUUUGGCAUCAGGUCUUCGCAGUCCGGAUGCCGGGAGUCAGUCGCACCAUGCCCGCGACUGUGCCGAAAAACUUUGGCCGAGCCUUCUUCAGCCGGCGGCAGUGCCGGAGUCCACGGAGCCUGAUGUGAUCCCGGCAGUCCGGUAUGUGGCGCUGGAAGUGGAGCCUCACCAUCGGACUUUGGAGGUGUCUCUCCAGCGGCUGUCAGAUGCCAUGCGCAUCAUCUCCGAUCUCUCUGAAGAGGGAGAGGCGUUCCCUUCCCACUUGUUCACGUGGCCGCAGGCCCUGCAUGUCACUACCUGCUAUGUGGGCGGCGGUGCACUUCCAGAGAAUCAGCGGGAGAUCCUCACCAAGUCCAAGCACCUGUUUUGGGAGGCUGUUGCCUUUGACUGCCUUGUGACACAUCUCGUGGGAGCUAGAGGUGCACUGGCUGUUGCAGUGGUGGACGAGCAAAGGCUACGAGACUCUGGCUUGCCAAUCGUGGAUGCCCAAAGGCCGCACAUUACUUUGUGCACACGGCAACCAUGGCAACCUCGCCAUUCGAACGAUGUUCUCAAGGCUGCGACGCCUUUCCUUGAAGACAGUGUCGGCGCCGGGACCUUUGCUAGAGCUGCGCGGAACACUAUCAGGAGUCGAGAGGUACUACAGUUGCAAGUGCCUGCCUUGUCGAAGUGCAUGAAGCCACGCCUUUCAGACUUGUCAUGCAGUAAGUUUCGAGCAAGUACUACAUCAUGA